AUGACCUGUCUCCAGAAGAGGCUCAAAUAUCUAUCUGAUCACUUGUCCGCUCACUCAAUCCCUUGGUUCUCUCCUCGCUAUAACGGCCACACGAACUCGGAUACUACUCUUGCUGCCACUCUCGGCUAUAUUCUUACGAUGCUGUGGAACCAAAAUAAUGCAUCCCCAGAGGGAGGUCCCAUGAGUUCCAUAAUUGAGUACAUAGUUGGACAGCAGUUUUGCAAAUUAGUUGGAUAUGGCUAUGACGCUGACGCUCUCAUGACUGGAUGGGGUCAUAUCACUUGUGAUGGUACAAAGCGACAUGCUGAUGGUGCUUGUGCAGCUCGUAACCUCAAAUUUUACCCUCUUUCCUUUUACUUGGCCAUUACAGAAGGAAAUCUGCAGACUAUAGCCUCAGAGUUCACUGUGAGGCUCUGUGAUGGUACAACGAAGUUACUCGAGGACUGUUACAACGAAGCAGACACAUUAGGGUGCCCGCCAUGGGAAUUGCUUAAUCUUGAAGUAGACGUGAUCCUCGAGCUUGCUAGUCGUGUUACAAAGGAAUUUGGGAUCUCGCCAGAAUACGCCGAAAAUGCUGUGCACCCUUACCUUGUUCAGCAGAUUGGAGAGAACGAACUUGAGGCGAAAGUCAAGAUGUCCAAGUCCCCUGUUGUCUUGUUAAGGGCCACAAACCUUCCUUCUUGGCAAAUAUCAUGCUAUGUCACCGGUAUCGACAUGAAUGAUCAUCUCCGUAAAAUCAAGGUCGACGAUGACGCUCGCUUGGACACCAGUGAUCUCAAAGCGAAGUUGGAUCAAUGUCAGAGAGAUUGUCAAUCUGUAUAUGCCGUGAUAACUAUUGUGGGCACGGCUGAGCAUGGAGCCGUCGACCCACUAGGCGACAUUAUUGACACUCGCAAAAUGUAUCAAGCAAACGGCCUGUAUUUCUAUGUCCAUGCCGAUGCAGGGUACUUUGCAACGCUACUGCGCCAGCCCAGUGGUUCAGUUUCUAAGGCUGCUCCUGGAUUGCAAGUUCCUUCUGAGAAUUCGCCUGCAAGUGAUAUGCACAUCGCCGCCAUGUCUAGUGCCGACUCGGUCACUAUCGAUCCGCACCUGGCGGGCUUCGUACCUUAUCCUGCGGGAGGGCUCUGUUUUCGAAACCAGCAAGCACGAUUUAUGCUCACCACCUCAGCCCCAUACGUAAACGCAGAUAGCCCUCACGAAAAUAUGGGUGUGUAUGGCCUGGAAGGAAGUAAACCAGGCGCAGCCCCUGUAGCCGUUUACCUUUCGCACUCUGUCAUCGGUUUGCAUAGCCAAGGUUACGGAGCUCUUCUUGGAGAGGCUGCUUUUACUGCUGUGAAGAUGUAUUGCAAUUGGGCAACGAUGUCGCUUAAUGAUCCCGACCUGAUUGUAACUCCCUUCACUAGGCUACUGGCAGAAAGGAACGGCGGCGACGUUCAAUAUAUCCUGGACAAUAUCGUACAUAAGACUAACAGCGAGAUCUUGGACAAUCCAGAUGCUAGCAAGUUGAUCAAAGAGCUAGGCUCGGACCUUGUCAUCAAUCUUUUCGCAUGUCACUUCAAUGUGGCCCCCAGCACUCCAAAUACGGAUGUUCAACAAGCCAACCUCCUGGACUACGCUAUGUACGAAGCGCUGUCCCUUCUCAAACAUACGGACGAUGCAAUGUCAAAGAAGAUCAUUAUAGGAUCCACAGUACUCAAAAGUGCAAAAUUUGGGUCUGCUCUGGUUAACUAUAAGAAGCGUUUAGGGCUUGGGGGUGAUGUUUCGGUAUAUUUUUGGAAAAAUAGUAUUAUACAAAAAGUGGCUGCACUAGGAGAGCUUGAACACCCACCAUCAAAUGGUUUAGGAGUCUGA